AUGUCGAAUAUGGAUAUGGAUAGAUCGAGCAACGGCGAGUACAAGUAUCAGAGAGAUGUCGACGAUGACGACAUUAAACCUAGAAUGCUAGACAAAGAGUCCGACGAGAAGGAUCAUCAAAUUGACAAGGCGGGCGAGUACGUACGCGAGCUUCUCCAGGAGAAGAUCGAGCUCGACAAUCAAAAAUCGCCCAAUGCCAUUCGAUUGCUCGAUCAAGAAAUCCAAAAAACGCAAGCUAUUGGAAAACCAUUAAGGGAUCCAAAAUAUGUGGAUAUUUAUCGUGAAAAACCAGUUCGCAUUUCUGUAAAAGUUUUAGUACCUAUUCGUGAGCAUCCUAAGUUUAAUUUUGUUGGGAAAUUGCUGGGUCCGAAAGGUAAUUCAAUGAAACGCCUUCAAGAAGAAACAAUGUGCAAAAUGGCAGUGUUAGGUAGAGGAUCUAUGAAAGAUAGACAAAAAGAAGAUGAAUGUCGUGCUUCUUUAGAUCCGAAAUAUGCACAUCUUUCCGAUGAUCUACAUGUAGAGAUCACAGCUAUUGCACCACCAGCUGAAGCUUAUGCACGCAUUGCAUUUGCGCUCGCCGAGGUGCGAAAAUAUUUGAUCCCUGACAACAAUGAUAAUAUACGUCAAGAACAAAUGCGUGAAAUGGAAAUGACCGUAUCUAAUGAUCCGGUUUCGGAUGAUCGAAGAUCCUCGAUGAGAGGGCCUUCUAGUGGUCCUGGCACUGGUGGUAUACUAAGACCUGCUGCAAGACCAACUUUACCUAGAACAUCUAGAGCUAUACUUCCUCCGCCACCUACAAAUCGUGGCCCACUUUCUCGACCCGCACCGCCAAAAUCGAAAGUGUUCUCAAUCUUGGAUCGUGCGAGAGCUGCUAUGGACCAAAAUUUUGGCUAUGAUAAUCCAACCCCUCCACCAACAAAUCGUGCUGGAUCACAUCAUGAUUAUGAUUAUCAUGGAUCGUCAACUAGUAGUGCUCGAUAUGGCGAUCGACAUUAUACACCGAGUUCUGGAUAUACAACUUACGAAUAUGAGGAUGACUCUGCACCGCAUUCUUCACAUGAUUAUUACGAAUCUUCAGAUUAUCCAGGUGGAUAAAAAAUCAUGAAGAUUAUGUGGGAAUCACUUUCUUUGUGGAUCGAAAGGUUUUUAGUCUUUCUCUCCAAUCGUGACGGACUUUGAAGUGCCGUGAAUACACUUAAAUAUGACGUGAGUACACAGACAAUUAUUUGUUAUAAAUGUUAAAAGCAAAUGCAAAGUUUAUCUGAUUUAACGACCUUUUUUCUCGAUAUAUUUUUUCCUAAUAUUUAUUGCAUAAAAAUGAAUAAUAAAUAAUAUCCAAGAAUAAUAAUUCGAGAAUAAUAAAAUUAUAGAACAUAAAUUUAAUUAAAGAUAAACUGUAUUUAAAUUGUUGAAAAAAUAGCAUAACAACAUGCAUUUGUUUUUAAUAAGUAUUUUUAUAAAAUAUAAGAAAAAUAUUUAUACGAGUUUUUUUUUGUAAAUGUAUAUAUGCAUUUGCACAAAAACAUCAGCUAAGUAAUAAAUACGUGGAGAUUUUUUCAUGGAAAACACAAGCGUAAGUAGAAUUAAAAUAGUGAAUAUAUAAUUUUACGUAUAUUAUAACUUCUAUAUAUAAUUAUACUAUUUUAUGUGUAUGCAGGUAUAUUUGUCAUAUAUAGGAUGAGAUGGAAUGAGGAAAAAGUCACUAAUUGUUAUUUUAUUAAUAUUUUUAAAUGAAAAUAGUUAAAAUUAUUGUAACUAAUAUAUUUUUUCUAUUAAUACAACAUAAAUAUAAAUAAGAUCAAUUUUUUGGAAAUGCGAUAGAAAUGUUUAUGAAUCUAUUAUUAUCUCCAAAGAAUGUUAGUGACUUUUUACUUUAUAGCGUACUAUAAUAUCGACAAACGUGAGAAAUAAAUAAAAUUAGAAAGGAUAACUUUUUUUAAAAUAUCAUUAUCCCAUGUAUAUGUUCCAUUAUUUUAGCUAAUCCUUUUAUUAAUCAGAAAACUAUGUAAUAUUAAUUAUAUAUUAUAAUAUCAGAAAGAUAGGGGCUAUAUAUAUAAAGUCAAUAGUGAUUCUCUUAUGUGUCGUUUAUAUGACAGGUGGUUAUUUUAUCACGACGCGGAUUGCUUAGAAACAAUAUUCUUAUUUAUUUAUCACACACCAAUAUACAAAAAUGAACUGUAUAAUCAAUAUCAGAAUAUAAUAUACUACGAAAUUCAAAUAUAUAUUUAAUAAAGAUAUAUCUGAGUAUCUUACAAGAUUAGAGUAAUGGUUCAACUUGAAACAAAAAAAUCAUCUACAACAUUCUUUGCAGUUGGCACAGAAAUUCUGGUAGAAAAACGUAUUUCUACGGCCGUCCUAUAAGGGUUAUAAAUAAGUAUUAAUUUACGGGAGACCUUAGCUUCUAAUAAGUCGCAUCUAAGUAUGUAGUCGUGAGUGAAAAUAAGGUGCCGAGUUUUCUUUUCCCUAACUAAUCCUUUGCAUAUGAACCACGAGCCGGAAAAUGCUUCGUUCACUUAAAGUGCAAUCGAGCAUAUCGCGCUAGAGCAUCCACAUCUUGUAUCUGUUGAAACGCACACAUGCUAAUUUUAGCUGCACUCUGCAUAAUAAUUAAACAAUUAUUAUGUUACUUAUUACGUAUAUGCGUCAUUUUAUUCAUAACAAUUUCACAAUAUCAAAUUAGUUAAAUUUUUUCUAACAUUUAUUGAGAUGACUCGGUAUAUCGGCCAACCAUUAGAGUGAUCUUUAUUUAUACUUGCUAAUAAUUUUUUUUCGAUCUUCUUCUCGACACAGUUCAUACAGUGUCAUGCAGUCGAAUUGCUAAGAUAAAAGAGCACGCAUAAUAAAGAUCACACUACUGAUUAUGCUAUGGUGAUAUUUUCUGAAUUUAUAUACUAUAUUAUCAAGUUAUAUUUGCGAAAUAUGUGCGUAUAAACGUAAAAUUAUGUAAUA